AUGCUCCUGACCAGGGAGGAGCUCUGGUACGUCGUCGUCGGAGCCAAGCCGGAGCCGGUCACCGAGCAGUGGAAGAAGGACGACAGUAAAGCACGUGCUACAAUGGGGUUGUGCAUUGAAGACAAUCAGUUUGGGUUAGUGAAAACGGCGAACAGUGCGAGUGAUUUUUGGAAUCAGCUCAAAGCGUACCACGAGAAGAGCACGGUCACGUCGCGUGUGUCAUUGUUAAAGAAACUUUGCAGUUUGAACCUCGCGGAGGGUGGUGACGUCGAAGGCCAUCUGGUAGUGUUGGAGGAUUUGUUCGAUCGUCUGGCGAAUGCGGGCCAAGAGCUGGAAGAAUCGCUGCGGAUUGCGAUGAUCCUGCGCAGCUUGCCCGAUUCCUACGGUGACUGGUCACGGCCCUGGAGAGUCGUGCCGAUGCUGACAUCACCAUGCAGCUGGUCAAAUCAAAGUUGCUUGACGAGUUCGAGCGGCGGCGGGAACGAUCAGGUGAAUCGUUCGACAUGA